AUGCUGAAACCGCUGGCUGGCCGUUUGGCACGGCGGCCAUGGAGAUUUCUCUUCCCCGGCCUCCUUCUUUUCUUUUUUGCAUACACACUCUCGCAUCGGAGAGGGUCACAUCCCCAGGCGCCCGUACACAAAGCGAAGACAAAGUCGUAUUUCCCGCCCCUCGAAACCAAAGCCGCCAAUUCAAUCGAGCUCGACUACUGCCAGAAUUUCCCUACCAAGCUGCUGGAAGAGGUGCAGGUUGUCCUCAAGGUCGCAUCGGAUGGGGCACAUGAGACGAAAGCACACCUCAGCACAGUAUCGAGCUGCAUCACGAACCUGAUCAUCGUGGGCGACCGGGAAGAGCGAUUGGGAGACCGCCAUGUCAUCGACAUCCUCGCAGAGCUUCCCAAGAGCUACCAGAAGGACAAUGUCGACUUCCAGAUCUACGUCGAGCACAAGAAGGCACACGAAGGCGGCGAGACGGUCAAGGAGCAACAGCGGUCCUUCAAGCUCGAUCGCUUCAAGUACCUGCCCAUGGUGGACAAGGCAUACAUGACCAACCCCGCAGCCAAAUGGUUCGUCUUCAUUGAGUCGGACGUCUACUUUUUCUGGGACACGCUGUUCCGCCUGCUAAGCCAGCUCGACGCCUCGCAGCCACAUUACCUUGGCGAGGCGCACAAGGGCUCUGAAGGCCGCCAUUUCGCCUAUGGCGGCGCAGGUAUCGUCCUGUCUCAGGGCCUUGUCAAGCAACUCAUUCCAGGCAAGACUCCCGGCUCCACCGAGAUCCCCCGCGAAAACCGACUAGGCGUUCGAUACGAGAACUGGGUCAAGGAGGAGCAGCGCGGCGACGCUGUCCUUGCCUACGCCAUCCAGAACGCGACCGGCCACAAGCUCGAGCCCAUGUACCCUACCUUUGCUAGCGACAAGCUCAAAGAUGUGACCACCACACGCGACAAGUGGUGCGUGCCAAUGCUCUCGCUGCACCAACUCAAGCCACAGCAGAUGGAAGACUUGUGGAGGUGGGAAAGGACACGGCCGUACAACACGAAACCAUUCACCUACUCCUCGUUCCUCUCUUAUACUCACGGCUUCCUAUCACAGGGUCCCUCGAAAGAAUGGUGGGAUAACCUUUCGCAAGCGCCCGUACCGAACGAUCGUCCCGCACAUCGCAACGCCGGCUCGUGCGGUUCAGAGUGCGCUAAUGACGGCAACUGCCUCCAAUGGUCUUACUCGCAAACCGUCUGUCGUCACGCCGAUUACAUCAAGCUUGGCGAUGCUGUCGACCGAGAAAACGGCGGUCAAGGCGAGUUCGUCAGUGGCUGGGACACCGGAAAGCUCCGCGACAUGGGCUUUGGUGUCGAGGGACAAAAUGGCCAGAGAGAGUUUUACGAAGGUUGCGUCGAAGCCACCUGGCUGACCCCACAAGAGAUGUAG